UUUUUUCUUAGGAGAUAAACUGUGCCAGAUGUUAGACAAAAGAUUAGUGGAACAUAAGAACAGUUAUGGUGAGAUUGAAAACAUUCCUAAAAUCAUGGAUGAUGGUAAUCUAGAAAAUCCAUCUACAUCAACUAAUCUUGUAGAGCAUGAAGUGCAAGAAAAGACUGUGGAAGACAUUCCUCUACAACAGAAAUUUCAAAGAAUAUCGAUGGAAAAGGCAAAUAAACCUAGACAGAGAAGGCCAUAUGUUCCAGCCCCUCGAAGUGGAAGUCAUGCGUUGAUGUUAGCACUUCACAAAGCACAGGUUAAAGGUGGACACAAGUUUAUGAAGAAGGCAGACUUGAUCAAUGAAGCUCAACCUUUAUGUGAUGUUUCAUUUACCAUGCCAGAUCCAGGAUCUCACUAUAAUGCUUGGUCAAAUAUGAGCACAUUGAUUAAAAAAGGACUUGUCAUUAAAGAAGGAAAUCCAGCAAGGUAUAGCCUGACAGAAGCAGGAAUGGGUCUUUCAACACAACUUCAAGGUCAACUUGAAACUCCCCAGCUGAAUAAUGUACCCUUUAAUUCUGCUAAGUUGACCCUUCAGCAGAGUGAUUCUCAUUCACUGUACUAUGACUCUCACAAAAUUAAUCUAGUUGUUGAAGCAUCAAAAACAAAUGGAAGUCUUAACAAUUUCAAAUCACUUCCAAAACGUCCAUUUUUGUCAAGGUUUCUGUAUUGUUAUAUUGAUGAAAAUUAUUGUGAGGUGACCAGCAAGGAUAAAGCCUUAGUUUUGAUGGAUGAUGAGAUGUCAUUAGGAUUUUUAAUAAAGUGUGAGAAAAAAGCAUUACUUGAUUCAGGGAAGCGUUACAAGUUAGAAGAAAAUAGGCUAGCAGACUCUCAUUAUGUUUAUGCAUAUUUACAUAAUGAUGAUGCCGAAGAGUUUUGCCCAAUACAGUGUUCAAUCUUAGAAUUAAAUCCCCAGCACUGUCAGUCUGAGAUCAUUGAAAUGGAAGAUGGUGAUGUAGAUAUGGUGGCAGUGACAUUAUCACCCAGAAUAGGAUUAGACAUUAGAAAUGCUAUGCCAAAUGUCUUUCUGCCUUCAUCACAUAACAACCACUCAAGGAUGGAAGAAGUAAACCCUGUAGUUGAUACUUUAUUUCCUACUUCUUACAACAGCUGUUACAGAGGGAAAGAAGUUGAAAUAGUAGAGAAUGCAUCCUUUCCUUCUUCACAAAAUGUCUGCUACAGUAGCACAUCAGACCAGUUUUUAUUGAGACCUGGAAUGUUUGAUAUUGUACUUUGUGUUGACAACUGUGAGACAUCUGGAGGUACCUCAGCAAAGCGAAAAAUGGCAGUUCUUCCUGAACUUCAGAGAAAUGGGGUACCACAUGUUGUUCGAAAGCUUCAUGUUGGAGACUUUUUAUGGAUAGCAAAGGAAAAAGUUGAGCCCUUACCAGGAUCUCUUCAGCUUCCACAAGCCCGAGAACUUGUUUUGGAUUUUAUAGUUGAGAGGAAGAGAAUGGAUGAUCUUGCAAGCAGUAUUAAAGAUGGAAGGUUUCGGGAACAAAAGUUUCGGAUGAAGGCAUGUGGGUUAUGCCGGCCGAUCUAUUUGGUGGAAGACUUUGGAUCAGGUCACCUUGGCUUACCUGAUAAAACACUACAACAAGCUAUUUUUAAUACACAGGUAAUUGACGGUUUCACCAUUAAACGAACAAGAGACCAGAAGGAAUCUAUAGCCUAUCUUACCCUGAUAACUCGUCAUCUUCAAAACCAAUACAAAGAUCAAACCCUUGCAUCAUGUACAAAAGAGGAUGUGGUAUGUGAUAAACGUCGUUCCCAAUCUUUUAUGACUUUUCAUGAAUUCAACAACUCUUCAAUGAAAAAUAAGCCAAUGACAGUAAAAGAAGUGUUUGUGAAGCAACUUUUACAAAUCCGAGGAUUGUCUGUUGACAAGGCUGCUUCUAUAAUUGAACACUAUCCUACUCCUGUCACACUUCUGGAAGCUUAUGACAGGUGUUUAAGUGACAGUGAAAAAGAAAAACUGAUUUCUUCAAUCAAGUAUGGAAAAAAUAAUAGGAAAAUAGGACCAGCUUUGAGUAGAAUAAUAUAUCAGCUAUAUUGUGCUAAAGGGCCCUUGUCUUGAUGAAGAAGAGUUAGUAACUGACUUACAAGCAAAGUAUCGGUACUUGGGAAGAAGAAUUGUUGGCAUCCAAUUCACUAGCAGAUAAUCAUAAUUAGGAUAAAGGAAUUGUUGAUAUCCAACUAACUAGUGACAGAUAAUUCUUGAGAUGAUAAAGUGUUGGUAACUUGUUUAUUCAGUGAAAACACAUUGUUGGGAUGAAAAAAUUUUAAACUUACUAGAGAAAUAACAUUGUCGAAAUGAAGAAAUGCUGAUAUCCAAUUUACCAGGGAAAGUUUAUUGUUGGGAUGAUAACAUGUUAUCCAGUUUAUUAAUGAAAGAUCGUUUUAUUAGUUUGAAGUGUUAGUAAUUGACUUACUAGUAAAAUAUCAGUACUUGGCAUCCAACUUAUAAAUGAAAGACCAUUUUCAGUACUUGGGGAAAUAGAAAUGUUGGCAUAUAAGUUAUUAGUGAAAGAUCAUUGUUGGGAUGAAGAAACCCUGAUAUUCAAUUUAAUAAUGAAGGAUCAUUGUGUGAAUAAAGAAUUACUGAUUUCUGAUUUACUGGUAAAAGAUUAAUUUGACAAGGAGUAGUUGCUAUGGAGUUUAUUAUUUAUCAACAUUGUUGGGAUGAAGAAAUAUUCAUUGAAAAGUGGUUGUUGGAAGAGAAUAUUAAACAUUACUGAAGAGCUGUAAAGUAUCAGAUGUAGAACAGAAGACCUACUGUUCUAAUAAAUAUAUUUAACAUCAUGUAAGUAAUGUGCUUUACAUACAUGUUUUGGACUAGUAUUUACUUGUAUAUAUUAUUUAACAAAAUGUAAGUUUUUGUCUUAGAAAAUAUAUUGGUAUUUCCAUUUUUAGCAUGUUUUAGUGUCAUUAAAUAUGAUAAAUAUUGAAAAUGAAGCAUCAUGUGUGAAUCAGCUCUCUGGAAGCUACAAAAUAUAUUUUUAAAGUAAAGUAAUACAUUGGUUUCAUUUUAUACUCCUUAAUAUACAUUUAAAAUGUGGCAGUGCUAAAUGAAUUUUAAUAACUGCUUAUAUAAUGCACAGGUAAGUUAAAACUUGAUUCUAAAAUGACAUUCCUGUAUACAUUUUAUUAAUAAAAACUACUCCAAAUGGAAUGUGCUUACGAGCAAUUUUACAAAAUUUAUUAUAUACUUGUUAUAAUGUAAAAUAUUAAAUAGACCUAAUUAUAUUAUAAAUGUGUUGUACUAGCAUUCUAUUUGUGACGUAGGUAAUGUAGGAAGGCCUGAUUUCUUUAUCUUUUAAUGAAAAUAAACCUUGACAGUCACUGAAGUAAAGAUUCAGUGUUAAGUAUUUUCAUUUUACCAAAAAAUAAAAGUGCUUGAACAAAAAUAUCUUAAAGAAAUGACUUGAUAUAAUUAUCUCACAGACAUACAAACUUUGAGGACAGUAGAAACUUGUUUACAUAAAGGUUUUCUGUACAAUUAGACACCAUAACCUUGGGACAAACUAUAUGAUAGUUAUAUCAAAAUCAACAAGCCUCUUUUGCUUGCAGAAUUUUCUAGAAGUAGUGAAAGUUUGUAAUUAAGGCUUGCAUGUAAUUCAACAAAUUUUUUGUUGUGUUUUUGAGGUGAAUUACACACACACAUAUUUUAUCUAGAGCUAAUGUACAUGAAUAAUAAAGUGUUAGAAUAUAGUGAACAAUAAGCACUUAUUCUCAUUAGUAUGUUUGAAAUUUAAUGCUGCAAAAAUUUUCUCCACAAUUUAGGUCCAUGGUUGUUCUGUAAAAUUGAUGAUCAAAUCCCACUAUUUGAUCAAACAAGUUAUUAGUGUGUGUGUGCUGUAUACUAACUGCCAUCUCUGCUGUUUGUCAGUUCAUAAUUAAGGAUAGCUAUGUGCAGAUA